AUGGGGCAAGUCGAUGUUAUGGAAGAAGAUAACUUUGUCAUGCAUGAUAGCAUAGAUGAAUUAAUGCAUGAUCGGUUCAGAGAGACCAUAGUGGGGGCUGGGAACUCCCAAGGGCCAAAUGAGGAAGCUAGAAAGUUUCAUAGAUUGGUGGAAGAAGGCAACCAAGAGUUGUUUCCUGGAUGUAAGACCUUUUCAAAGCUAUCUUUCAUCAUUCGACUCCUCCUUUACAAGACUCUUCAUGGUCUUAGUAAUGUGGCUUUUGAUGAUCUUCUUAAGCUUUGGAAAGAGAAUAUGAAGAUGCAGAAGAAUGUCAUGUUUGCCAUACAUCAAAAUGGAAACAACCGGAAGAGAAUCAAGGAAAUGACAGCAAAAUCCAUGGCUUGGCAUGCUGAUGAACGUGAGGAAGAUGGGAAUCUACGUCAUCCGGCGGAUGGAUUGACAUGGAAAAAUUUUGAUUCUUUGUAUCCAAAUUUUUCCAAGGACUCUAGAAAUGUCCGGUUGGGAGUACCUUAUGUUGUCCUUGUUGAUCCUGGUCCCGAGUCUCCAGGCAAUAAUAUUGAUGUCUACAUGCAACCCUUGAAGGAAGAACUUUUAGAUUUGUGGAAUAAUGGAGUUCAAACAUAUGAUAAGUACAAUGAUCAAACUUUUCAAUUGCAUGCUGCAUUAAUGUGGACCAUUAGUGAUUUUCCAGGGUAUUCAAUGUUGUCUGGUUGGAAAACCAAGGGUAAAUUUGCAUGUCCUGAGUGCAAUUUUGAAACUCCCCACUUGUAUUUGAAGAAUAGUAGAAAGAUGUGUUACAUGGACUUUCGAAGACUAUUGGAUGCAAAUCAUCCUUUUCGAAGUAGUAAGAAGGCUUUCAAUGGAAAAGAGGAGCAACGACCUCCUCCAAAACCCUUAACUGGGAUCGAAGUUCAUAGUGAGUUGUUGAAUUUUGAAAAUUUGUUUGGAAAAACUGGAAAAACAAAGGAUCAUGCAAAAGGUAGAUUUGAUCUUAUGGAUUUAGGUUUCAAAGAAGAGUUGCAUCCUCAACUUGCAGAUGAUGGUAAACAUGUUUUCUUCAAAAAAGGGAGCUUUUCUAUGUCACCUCAAGAGAAAGAUAUCUUCUGUCGAGCUUUGAAGGAAGCAAAACUACCAUAUGGAGUGCAUCUAAUAUUGCUCGUUGUGUGCGUUCCUCCGAAAGGAAAGUUGUUGGUCAUAUUGCGUAAUCGAAGCCAUCCAGAGGGAUCCAUGGCAGAAGGGUAUUGGUUAGAUGAGUGCUCAAAUUUUAUUGCACGAUAUAUGCAAGGAGUGAAGUCAACUCAUUCCAAUGAAGACAAGGAAGGUAACUCGGAUGUUAUCAUCUUUAGAAGGGUUGGUCAUCCAUUGGGAGGAAAGAAGAGAAGGAAAGGCAACUUAUUCACUUUGGAUGCUAAUUCCCUUCAACAGGCGCAUCGAUAUGCCUUGUUCAAUUCUGAUAGUGAAGAAGUCAAUGAGUAUAUCAGUGAACAUGAACUGUAUGUUAGUUGUCAGUCAAGGAAAACUAAAGGUCCAAGUGCUACAACAAAGAGAUAUUCAGGCUAUUACGUUAAUGGCUUUAGAUUUUACACCAAAGAACGUGACAAUAGAUGUAAAACUCAAAAUAGUGGUGUAUCUUUAGUUGCAUUAACUCCAAGCUUUGCAAGCACUAAGGACAAGAAUCCAGUUUUGGGGAAGGUGGCUUACUUCGGUUCGAUACUUGAAAUUAUAGAGCUGAAUUAUUGGUCUAAGUUUAGCGCUGUUUUGUUUCGGUGUGAGUGGUACCAAGAGGAAAAGGAUAACUAUGGGCUUCCUUGUGUUAAUGUCAACAAGUUUUGUUCCUUGGAUGAUCCCUUUGUUUUGCCGUCUCAAGUGCACCAAGUUUGGUAUGCUCUAGAUCCUAUUAGCUCGAGGUUGAAUCAUGUUAUGAAUGCAAUUCCAAGGGACAUUUAUGAUUUUGGGGAAGGUGAAGAGGUUGGACACUCUAAUAGGGAAGAUAUAGAGCCUAUGGUAAUGGAUGCAAAUGUCACUCUUGAUGGUGUUGCAACAGAUGAGCAAAACCGUGAAGACUCAGAUUUUGAUGAUACCAUGUGGGAUAGGAUGGAAGCAGAUGAGGAUUUCGACAAUGUUGCUGAAUGA